AUGUCUGAACUGAGUUCAAUUUUCAUCACAACAUCCGAACAAACGGACACAAUAAAUAGUGAUGUAGAAGAAAGUGACAAUAUUUAUAUUUUUGACAAUGAUGAUGAAUUUAUUGAUUUUAUUCCUUCUCCUUCCAUAUAUGAAAAUGAAGUUCAAGAUAUAGAUUCAUUAUCCAAAUGUUUUGAACAACGUUACAAUAAUUAUCUUAUGUUUUUCAUGGGCUCUCUUAAAGAUGCAUGUCAAGCAACUUUCAGUCCAACUAUAAUUCAAGAACGUCGUCCAAUACUUGUUUACAUAUAUCAUGACGACAAUCAAUUUAGGAAAAAAUUUUAUGAGACUAUAUUUUAUUCAAGCACGAUUAUCAAUUAUUUAAAUGUAAAUUAUAUUGUUUGGCCAUACGAAAUUACUACUAAAUCGAAUAGAUAUACGCUAACAAAAAUUUGGGAAGAAACAUUUUCUACUCAAUUCUUUGAUAAUUUUUCCAUUGAACAAUGUCCUUUACUUAUUGGAAUUAUGAGACUAUUUGAACACAAAAUAGAUGGUAAUGUAACAUCCGAAUAUCAAUUCAAAUCAUUAGUUAAAAGUAAUAGUUUGACACGUACUCAAAUGACAGUUAAUCGUGAAAAUCUAUUGAAUGAAUUAGAUAUUUUCAAAGAAGAAUGUGAUAAAAAUGAACAAGAUUUAUCAUUUAGUUUCGUUAAAAAAACUGGUCUUUGUUGGAAAAUUAUUCUUGAAAUAAGUCAAUAUCUUUCAUUGAAUGAUGCAAUAUCAGCAUUCUCUAUUGAUAUUCUUUCUUUAUUAAAUAAUUAUCAAUCAAAAUUUCAAUUAUCUAAUCCUUUUAAUCCAUUUAUUAAAAUGAUUUUUCGAAAAAUCAAAUCUGAACAAAUUGUUUCAUUAGCAUUCACUACAAGUCAAUUAUGGUUAGACACUGAAUUAACCUUUUUAUCUAAUUUUAAUAAAGUCACUUCAAUAAUACUUCAUAAUUCAUCAUAUACAAAUCAAAUUAGUGAAUAUAUAAACUGUUUUCCCAAUUUGACUCAUCUUUCUCUCUAUUAUGAUGAUAAAAUUAAUUAUUAUAUAUUAAAUGAAGUAUUAAUUCAAGUUCGACAACAAAUCAAACGAUUUGAAAUUCAUUGUCCAGAAAUAGUUUAUACUGAUGAUGAUGGUAUUGACCAAUUAAAAAAAAGGCAAAUGGUAACGGCUAGGAUUAAAUUUUUUUUACUUGAUGUUGGUCGUUAUCCUUCGACAUCGACAAAUAGUCAUCUUCAACAUUACAAAUCAUGGUUUUUUAUGCCAUUAGCUGAUUUAAUGAAAAAAAUGCCAAACAUUCAACAUAUUCAUAUAAUUAGCAAUAAAUAUAAUAUUGAAUAUUUUUUUGAUGAUGAUCAAUGGAAACUUGUUCUAAAUAGAUGUUCUCAAUUGAAGAAAAUAACAUUACAAGUGUUA